AGGACAACAACAGCAGCAUGCGCACAACACGGAGAAAGAAACAGCAAGUCGAUAAAGAGUAGCAUAUUUUUUUAACGACAUGACGUGCAAAUGUGGACAUGUAAUAAGACUACGGAUAUCCUAUCCAAGUAAAGUAGCCUAUCUCACAGGUACGAACUUCACUUUGAAUAUGGACGUAUAGCUACGAGACUUAGUGACAGUUUGCAUCAGCACCACACGGCUGCUACUACAACCAUACAAUAGGCUACUGUAGCGGGCUUUUAAAGAAGAUAAAAAAAACCAAAAAAAACAUGGGGUCCAAGUUGACCAGGCAGAGAAGUCUGGACAGUCAAGCUAGUUUUUUUAGGAAGGGUCGCCAGCGCAACUAUAGCUCUGGGGACGCCGAGCGGAGUGACAGUCGUGGUGGCGGGGACUUUCUAUUCACAUCGCUUAUGCUGAAGUCGGAGAAGCUUCCGGGGAUGCUGCGCAGAAAUAGCAACAGCAGCCCUUACGUGAGGAGAGUCGCCUGGGUCCGGGAGAUACAGAGACUACUGCGGGAACAGAAAGUGGACCAGGCAGCGGAUGUACUGAAAUUAUUGAGAAAGGAUUUGGGACUGGAGGGUACGUCUCUCAAUGACAUUUUGUAUAAGAACGCUGCCUUCCUUAACCUGGUGGAUCCCAUUUCCCAUGAGCUCCUGCUGAGCUUGGCCCGGGACAUGCAGUGUCCAAAAAGGGAGGCAGAUGCCCUGAAGUCGUCUGAUAAGAUCUGCAGACAGCUGAUCUACCACCUGACCCCGCACUCCAAGUGGACGAGACAGAGCGUGUCCAAAAGGAAGUCCCAGGCCUGUCUGAAGACCACUCUGAAGAAGAAGAUAUCCAACGACAUUGUGGAUCUCUCUGGAAUCCCGCUGUCAGGUCGAGAUGUCCAGCGGGUGGCGCUGUACCUGCAGGACUGCAUCGCACCGGUCACGGCAGUGGACCUGAGCUUCACCGAGCUGCAGGACGAGAGCCUCCGGCUGCUCCUGCCCUCGCUGAGCGCCCUCCCCAAGCUCACCACGAUCGCCGUCAACGGCAACCGCCUCACCACGGCCGUGCUCAAGGACCUCAUGGAGGCGCUGAAGGAACGCCGGCAGUUUCCCAAGCUGGCCUGGAUCGACCUGGGGAACAACCUGGACAUCUUCACGCUGCCGCAGCCGCUGCUGGUGUCGCUACGGCGACGGUUCGGUACGAGGAGCAGCCUGCCCACCAUCCACGAGUUCGCAGACGACGACGAGGGCAGCGCCGGCCACUACCGGCUGGAGAUGUCCACCGAGGAGCCUAGCGUGUUCGAGGAGGACGAGGAGGAGGAAGAGGAGGUGGUGGAGGAAGAGAGAGGGGUGGUGGAACAGAGGGAGGUGGAGAUGGAGGUGCAGAUACAGGUGGAGCUGAGACUGGUGGAUGUGAGUGAGGUGCAGAUGACACCAACGAGAGAGGUGGAGAUGAGACAGGUGGAGGAGAAACAGGUCGAUGUGAGACAGGUGCAGGGAGGGAGGGAGGUCCUGAUAGAGGCACCAAUUAGAGAGGUUCUGAUGGAGGCACCAAUUAGAGAGGUCCUGAUGGAGGCACCAAUUAGAGAGGUUCUGAUGGAGGCACCAAUUAGAGAGGUCCUGGAGGCACCAGUUAGAGAGGUUCUGAUGGAGGCACCAAUUAGAGAAGUUCUGAUGGAGGCACCAAUUAGAGAGGUCCUGGAGGCACCAAUUAGAGAGGUUCUGAUGGAGGCACCAAUUAGAGAAGUUCUGAUGGAGGCACCAAUUAGAGAGGUCCUGGAGGCACCAAUUAGAGAGGUUCUGAUGGAGGCACCAAUGAGAGAGGUGGAGAUGAGACAGGUCAAGGAAAAACAUUUAGUCGUUAGACAGAUGGAGGUGACACAGUUGGAGGUGAGACGGGUGGAAGAGAGACAGGUGGAGGAGAGACACUUAGACGUUAGACAGAUGGAUGUGGGACAGAUGGUGGAGGUGAGACAGUUAGAGGACAGACAGGAGAAGAUGCGAGAAGUGCAGAUGGAGACGCCAGAGAGACAGGUGGAGGUGAGACAGGAAGAAGUGAGACAGAUAAGAGAGGUGGAGAUGGAAGCACUGGAGAGACAUGUGGGGGUGAGACAGCUAGACUUAAGACAAAUGGAGGUGAGACAGCUGGAGUUGCAGAAGGUGCAGGUGCAGGACAGACAGCAGGAGGUGAGACAGCAGGAGGUGCAGCUGGAUGACAAGCUAUAGGAUUGGAGGGAGGCAAAGUGCAGGUGGAGGUGGAUAUGGGGAUGAAGGUGGCGGUGGCGGCCGACCCAGCGGGGGACUCAUGGGGGGCAGAGCAGGAGGUUAGGGGCAGCGUCAGUUUACUGCAGUGCAAGAGGUGAUUCCUCCCUCCCCCUCUCUCUCCAUACAUCUGUCCCUCUCUCUCUCUCUCUCUCUCGCUCUUUCUCUCCUCUUUCUCCUUGUAUCUCUACGUCCUGAGGGAGCUGCUGUUGAGCACUUGUUAGUUUUGGGGUGGCUCUGUCCUAACCCUCGUUCCUGGAGUGGUCAUUCUUCGGUAAAAAUUAUAUUCCAGGGUUGAGGCGCAGGGGGCGCUGUGUGCUCCUCUGACUCCGCCCUGAUGAAGCUGACCUCUCCUACUGCUCUCCAGUACUGGGAAGGAGACUCUUGUCCUUCUCGAACCCUCCCUCAGCAUGGUUAUCCAUGACCAGGGGGGAACCAGGGAGUCUGCAGGAGAACCGCGUCCUCCAGCGACAUCCCUGUGGGGCUGCCUGAAGCCCCACAGCAAAGGAAACAGAACGAGGCGAAGAUGGUCAGAUGGUUGGGGUCAGAUCUUCAGGACUCCAUACUGCCCCAGCACCUCUCCCCCCUUUUACCCCCUCUCUUGCUGCUCAAGGUGGACAUUCAGCUGCCCCCCACCCCCCCAUGACUCUGACCUUAUGUUCUGGUGCACACACACGCACACACACACACACACACACACACACACACACACACACACACACACACACACACACACACACAUACACACACACUUCCCACUGUAGAGGAUUCUGCCUCUGGCAUGCCGGAGUCUCUGAUUCAUUACAACAGCCCUUCAAAGCAAGCAGUUUCACUGCAAAACUACACAGCCCAAAAUGCAAUUCUCCUAGCCAGAAGUUGCUGUACUGUCUAUGAGCAAUAGUGGUUCUUGGAAACCAUGGGUAAAUGAAGACAGAAAGCUAAGGGGGAGAAACUCACCUGUACACUCACAGGCUUCUCUACAAACAUGGUGUGUGUCUGUGUGUGUGUGUGUGUAUGUGUGUGUGUGUGUAUGUGUGUGUGUGUGUGUGUGUGUGUGUGUGUGUGUGUGUGUGUGUGUGUGUGUGUGUGUGUGUGUGGCAUUCCUCCUCCCUUUUGUAGCAUGCUCUGCCAGAGAGCAGGUGUGUGUGGUGUGACAUAUUUACGGAGGCACAUAAGUAGCCUACUCCACGCUGCUCUGUGCGCUUGCUCGUCCUCAUUGCACCGUCCCAACACAGACUCCUUUUCAAUGGCGUGAUCACAGCUCUGCAGGGAAUGGACAGACUCAAUCAAAACUGAUAGGCCGUGGGAGUUAGUGUGUGUGUGUGUGUGUGUGUGUGUGUGUGUGUGUGUGUGUGAGAGAGAGAGAGUGAGUGAGUGUGUGUGUGUGUGUGUGUGUGUGUGUGGGAUAUCCUGAAGACUGUAAAUACAUUCAGACCCACGGGGGAGAAAUAUGUGCAAAAGGCUGUUUUGUGUUUAUAUAUUUAUUAUUUAUUUGUUAAUGUUUAGUUGUGUAUUGUUUAUUUAUUUAUUUGAUACUUUUCUGUCGCAGUAGAACAGCGUCUGUAUGAGUCUUUGGAGAACCAGCUGUAAACUGCCUGUUGUUUAGCUACACACCCAGAACAUGAAGUAGGGUCACAGGGUCCUAGUGUCCCUUGGGUUCCUCUUCUCCCCAAUAUUAGGACCUACAAUGUUCUGCUGUAGUUCCUUUUCUCCCCAGUAUUAGGACCUACAGUGUUCUGCUAUGGUUCCUCUUCUCCCCAAUAUUAGAACCUACAGUAUUCUGCUGUGGCUUAUAUUAGGACCUACAGUGUUCUGCUGUGGCUUAUAUUAGAACCUACAGUGUUCUGCUGUGGCUUAUAUUAGGACCUACAGUGUUCUGCUGUGGUUCUUGUUUGAAUGAUUUCACUGUAACCAAAGCCAAAGUGUAGAACACCAGCUAGUAUAGUUGUGGCUUUAGCCAGAAGCUUGUGAAUGCAUUUAAAUCUAAGAGGAAUGGGGAAGUAUUUAGGAAGAUGUGGUAUAUUAUGCUGCAUAUUAGUUAUGUGCUGAUCAAGGUCAGCGUCUUCAGGGUGACCAACCUCUUCCUCACUCUCACUCAGUCAUCCUAGCAGUGCGAGGAGAGGAGAGGAAUUGGAGAGUGACUCUUCGUACAUGUUCAACAAGUAAAGCCACAUGCACAUUAGGACGUAUCUCUCUCUACCUGUGCAGAAUAUUUUUACAGACUGCUACACAAACGUGUGUUCCUGUUUCUAGUGUUUCUGUGGGCAUGCUUCUCUCCUUUUCUACACAGGUAGUGUCCGAGGCAGAUCCUGUUUUUUUCCUCUUUUACUAAGUAAGAAGCUGUGUGCUCAUGUAGAUGAAGAUUAUACAAAAUUGUUAUUUUGUAUCCUUUUUAAUAUAAAACUAUAAAAGUACUAUGCCUGUAUUUUUAAUGUUAUCAGAAAAGGCAUUUUUCUUGUUAACAUUUGUCAUUUGUUAUUAACAGUGGAAAGAGAGUCUAUUUGUAUGGGUGUGUGUGUGUGUGUGUGUGUGUGUUAGUAUGCGUGCACGUAUACAUGUGUGUUUGCACGCGCACGUGUGUGCAUGUGUGUGUACUGUAUUCCAAAAAAAGUGUGACUUAUUUGUAUCUUAGAGGCCCUGACGGGCGUUUCAGAUGCAAACUGUUCUCUUACAUGCACUUUAGAAACAAGCCCAAGCCCAGCGCCCUCAUGGUCCUAAAGCCUGCCCACACACUGCCAACGACAACUAGGACCACAACAGUAAAAACUGCACUUUUAAUAAAUAUGUUUUGUAGCCAAUAAGAAUGACUGCCUACUAUAAACACAACAACAUGGAGAACGAUAUCGUCAGGGUGAUUUUGAAAACAAUACAAAUGCUGACAUACAGAAUCCAUUGUAUAUAUUCAACAUCACAUUAACAGACAUGGGGAGUAUUCCUGAGAUUCCCUUAUUUCCUAUAUUGCCAGUGGAGUUGUCGUUAGCAGUGUGGUUGGGCCCUGAUGCAUUCUGGGAGGUGUCAUCACAGCCGCACCAGAUACACCAUCACAGGGUGCGUAUGCAGGUCUGGAAAAGUCUGGAAUCGUACUGAAAAAUACUCUUUUCCAGACUCCAGAAAAGUGUGGAAGUUUGGGUGAUCGUUUUGGAAAAGAUCAGACAUUUUACUCAUCAUAGUAAUACAUACCUCAAAACUCCAAAGGUCCAAGGUUAAAAAUUACAAACAAAAUGACACACUUUUUUUUACUCCAAAAAAAAGUCCAAAACGUAGCAUCUUUAAAGACAACAAUUUGGAAUGUCUUGAAAAGUGUGAACCGUCUGUUGAUAAGAGGAAGCGACCUGCAUCACCACCGCCUGCUAGUGUGUAUCGAUGUGUUGACCCCUUCCAUCACGUUACAUACUGACUAUGGUUUACAUGCUCAAAAGGAAAUGUA